GUGUUUUCUUAAACUCUUGGAAGAAUGUUUUUACAUGUUGAUUAAGCAAAAUAGUAGAGUGGCAUUUAAUUGAGAAGUUUCCUGAGCCUUUAGGUGCUUCUUCCUAACUGUAUCUAGGACACUUUAGUUUUAGUGAAAUGGUACUGAUAGACUUCAUUCAAUUCAAAGAUAAAGCAGGUGGUUGAAAUGCAGAAUUUUGAGUGACUAUUUAUUCCACCUUCAGAAAUUAGAAAACUAUAGUCAAAUAUUUUCUGAUAGAAUGAAAACGAGAGACACAAAACUAUAAGGGAGCAUCAUUCUUCAUCUCCUUAGGAUGGGUUUUCCUAAGUCAGGCAGCAAGAUGCCCAGAGCAAGUUAGCAAAAUUGGGCACUGAUGUUGAUUAUAUAUGAUAAUUCUGCCAUGUGGAUUGUAGUAUUAGAAUUCCCUAGUAGGAGGUAUUAAUUCAAAAAUGAAAUGACACAAACUUAGGAAACAUAGGCCUGUAACUUGUACCUUCAUGAAAGGGAACAGGUUAGGACUACAGCCAAAAGAUCGUUAAAUUGUUGAUCUUUCUAUCUUAAUAAGCUUUUUAAAAAUUUAUUUUUAUCAUAUAUGAAAAGCAGCCUGUUUAUUUCUUUCACUAUGCUCUUCUAAAUUCUUUGAGUUUGGUAGCAAGAUUGGAAUAAACAAAUAGGAUUUAGGAAGAUGUAGGAGAGGCUGCUAAUUUUACUUGCGUGCUAACUCAUUAAAAAGUUGUAAUAUGAAACAAAGUGUUUUGGUGCAGUUAUUAAAGGCAUCUGCUGGAGAAUGAAAUCUUUCAUUACAGUUGAUCUCAUCCUUAUACUAAUACUUGCCUGCCAUCAAGUGCAAAGCCUUUGCAAAAUUAACCUUAGUGGAUAAAUUAUGAUAUUAUAUGGUCUUAUGGCUGUAAUUAUUUAAUAAGUUAAACAACAGGAAAAGUUUUACAAAAUUAAAAUACUGCUGUUUAGCAAAUAUCCUUAAUGAAUGAAUAAUGUGGCUCAAAUAUAUAGUGGUUAGAAAUGGAAAUAACUAAAUAGAUCAAUAUGUCCACUCCCUUCUGGGCUUGGAGAAACUGAAUAAACCAUCUGUUCCUUUCCUUUAGAAUACUGUAUCUCCUUUAUGAACUUCACCUUAGCAUAUACUUUCUAAGAUCUAGAGAUCCUUCAGAAAGUACGGUUGAAGAACAGCAAGGCAUCUACAGACGGACAUCGGUACCUUUUUCGUGGCCGGAUCAAUACAGAGGUGAUGGAAGUGGAGAAUGUGGAUGAUGGCACAGCUGAUUUCCACAGCAGUGGACACAUUGUUGUUAAUGGAUGGAAGAUACAUAACACCGCAAAAAAUAAAUGGUUUGUUUGUAUGGCAAAAACACCUGAAGAGAAGCAUGAAUGGUUCGAAGCUAUUUUGAAAGAAAGAGAACGGCGGAAAGGCUUAAAAUUAGGAAUGGAGCAAGACACCUGGGUAAUGAUCUCUGAACAGGGCGAAAAACUUUAUAAAAUGAUGUGCAAACAAGGAAAUCUGAUCAAAGACAGAAAAAGAAAACUGACUACGUUCCCUAAAUGCUUUCUCGGAAGUGAAUUUGUGUCAUGGCUGUUGGAAAUUGGAGAGAUUCACAGGCCUGAGGAAGGUGUUCACUUGGGACAAGCAUUAUUAGAAAAUGGGAUCAUUCACCAUGUUACUGACAAACAUCAAUUCAAACCAGAGCAAAUGUUAUAUAGAUUUCGGUAUGAUGAUGGAACAUUUUAUCCAAGAAAUGAGAUGCAGGAUGUGAUUUCAAAGGGUGUAAGAUUAUAUUGUCGUCUUCAUAGUUUGUUUACUCCAGUGAUAAGAGAUAAAGAUUACCAUUUAAGGACUUACAAAUCUGUGGUCAUGGCCAACAAACUGAUAGACUGGCUAAUUGCACAGGGGGAUUGCCGCACCAGAGAGGAGGCAAUGAUAUUUGGCACCGGACUCUGUGACAAUGGAUUUAUGCACCAUGUCCUUGAAAAAAGUGAAUUCAAAGAUGAACCUCUACUUUUCCGUUUUUUUUCGGAUGAGGAAAUGGAAGGAUCAAAUAUGAAACAUCGACUUAUGAAACAUGAUUUAAAGGUUGUAGAAAAUCUUAUAGCCAAAUCAUUAUUGAUUAAAUCUAAUGAAGGCAGCUAUGGCUUUGGGCUAGAAGACAAAAAUAAAGUUCCAAUAAUAAAGUUGGUAGAAAAGGGGUCUAAUGCAGAGAUGGCUGGCAUGGAAGUUGGGAAAAAGAUUUUUGCUAUUAAUGGUGACCUGGUUUUUAUGAGACCUUUUAAUGAAGUGGAUUGCUUCCUGAAAUCAUGCUUAAACAGCAGAAAACCUCUAAGAGUCCUUGUGAGCACAAAGCCAAGGGAGACAGUGAAAAUCCCAGAUUCAGCUGAUGGACUUGGAUUCCAGAUCCGAGGAUUUGGCCCUUCAGUCGUGCAUGCUGUAGGAAGAGGAACUGUGGCCGCAGCAGCCGGCCUUCACCCUGGACAGUGUAUCAUCAAAGUAAAUGGAAUCAAUGUCAGCAAAGAGACACACGCCAGUGUCAUUGCCCACGUUACAGCCUGCAGGAAGUACAGGCGGCCGAUGAAGCAAGAUUCCAUACAAUGGGUUUAUAAUAGCAUUGAGAGUGCUCAAGAGGACCUUCAAAAAGCUAACUCCAAGGCCCCUGGAGAUGAAGCAGGGGAUGCUUUUGACUGCAAGGUAGAAGAGGUGAUCGACAAGUUCAACACCAUGGCGAUCAUCGACGGGAAGAAGGAGCACGUGAGUCUGACGGUGGACAACGUCCACCUGGAAUACGGUGUGGUGUACGAGUACGACAGCACGGCUGGCAUAAAGUGCAAUGUGGUGGAGAAGAUGAUUGAGCCCAAAGGUUUCUUCAGCCUAACCGCCAAGAUUCUUGAAGCCCUGGCUAAAAGUGAUGAUCAUUUUGUACAAAACUGCACCAGCCUUAAUUCUCUAAAUGAAGUGAUCCCUGUUGACCUUCAGAGUAAAUUCAGUGCCAUUUGCAGUGAAAGGAUUGAACACAUACGUCAGAGAAUAUCCAGUUAUAAAAAGUUUUCUCGUGUACUGAAGAAUAGAGCCUGGCCCACUUUUAAACAGGCCAAAUCUAAAAUCUCCCCACUACACAGCAGCGAUUUCUGCCCCACCAACUGCCAUGUCAAUGUAAUGGAAGUUUCUUAUCCCAAAACAUCAACUUCCCUGGGGAGUGCAUUUGGUGUUCAGUUGGAUAGUAGGAAGCACAAUUCUCAUGAUAAAGAAAAUAAAUCUUCUGAGCAAGGGAAGUUGAGCCCCAUGGUGUACAUCCAGCAUACCAUCACGACCAUGGCAGCCCCUUCCGGUCUGUCUCUGGGACAGCAAGACGGUCAUGGGCUCAGGUAUCUGUUAAAAGAAGAAGACUUAGAAACCCAAGAUAUCUAUCAUAAACUGCUGGGCAAACUUCAGACUGCAAUGAAAGAAGUGGAGAUGUGUGUUUGCCAAAUAGAUGACCUUCUGUCUUCGAUAACAUAUUCUCCUAAAUUAGAACGUAAGACGUCAGAGUGUAUAGUACCAACAGACAGCGACAACGAGAAGGGGGAGAGAAAUAGCAAACGAGUCUGUUUUAACGUAGCAGGAGAUGAACAGGAAGAUUCGGGUCAUGAUACCAUCAGCAACAGAGACUCUUACAGUGACUGCAACAGCAAUAGGAAUUCCAUCGCCUCCUUCACCAGCAUCUGCAGCAGCCAGUGCAGCUCGUACUUUCACAGUGAUGAAAUGGACUCAGGCGAUGAACUUCCUCUAAGUGUUCGCAUUUCUCAUGAUAAACAGGACAAGAUACAUAGUUGCCUUGAGCAUCUUUUCAGCCAGGUGGAUUCAAUUACCAAUCUCCUAAAAGGGCAGGCUGUUGUGAGGGCUUUUGACCAAACAAAGUAUCUCACACCAGGUCGAGGAUUACAAGAAUUUCAACAGGAAAUGGAACCAAAGCUGAGUUGUCCAAAAAGGUUAAGGCUUCACAUCAAGCAAGAUCCUUGGAAUCUUCCCAGCAGCGUCCGGACUCUUGCUCAGAACAUCAGAAAGUUUGUUGAAGAGGUAAAGUGUAGGAUACUCCUGGCUCUUCUUGAAUAUUCAGACAGUGAGACACAGCUCCGGAGAGACAUGGUUUUCUGCCAGAGUCUCGUGGCCACCGUCUGUGCCUUCUCUGAGCAACUCAUGGCGGCCUUAAACCAGAUGUUUGACAACAGCAAGGAAAAUGAGAUGGAAACUUGGGAAGCCAGCAGGAGGUGGCUGGAACAGAUAACAAAUGCAGGCGUUCUUUUUCACUUUCAGUCACUUCUGUCACCAAACUUGACAGAUGAACAAGCCAUGUUAGAAGAUACAUUGGUUGCACUAUUUGAUUUAGAAAAGGUUUCCUUUUACUUUAAACCCUCAGAAGAGGAACCACUGGUUGCAAAUGUUCCUCUUACAUAUCAAGCAGAAGGAAGUCGGCAAGCUCUGAAAGUUUACUUCUACAUUGACAGUUACCAUUUUGAACAACUGCCUCAACGGUUGAAAAAUGGAGGAGGGUUUAAAAUUCAUCCUGUUCUUUUUGCACAAGCACUGGAGAGCAUGGAAGGAUAUUAUUACAGAGACAAUGUUUCUGUGGAAGAAUUUCAAGCCCAGAUAAAUGCAGCCUCACUGGAAAAGGUCAAACAAUACAACCAGAAGCUCAGGGCAUUCUACUUGGACAAGUCCAAUUCACCACCGAACUCCACAUCCAAAGCUGCCUAUGUAGAUAAGCUAAUGAGGCCUCUCAAUGCCUUGGAUGAACUUUACCGGCUGGUGGCGUCGUUUAUCAGAUCCAAACGCACGGCUGCGUGCGCCAACACAGCCUGCAGCGCCUCUGGAGUUGGGCUGCUGUCAGUGUCCUCGGAGCUGUGCAACAGGCUGGGAGCCUGUCAUAUCAUCAUGUGCAGCAGCGGCGUCCACCGGUGCACCCUGAGCGUGACCCUGGAGCAAGCCAUCAUUCUGGCCAGAAGCCACGGACUGCCUCCCCGCUACAUCAUGCAGGCCACAGAUGUGAUGCGCAAGCAGGGAGCAAGAGUUCAGAACACAGCAAAGAACCUGGGAGUCAGAGACCGGACCCCCCAGUCUGCUCCAAGGCUGUACAAGCUGUGCGAGCCGCCUCCCCCAGCCGGAGAAGAAUGAAAAGAAUUCUCAAGGACCAGGCAGGCAGAAGCUUCUCGGUGCUGGACGAGACAAACUACAUGCCGGUUAAAGAUUCCCUGCUGAAGAUAAAGAAAUUUUUCUCUAAAUCUUUCACCCUGGUGUAAAUAGCUAGUGUUCAGCUUGUACUUGGAUAUUUAUGCCAGAAAUGGAUAGGAGUUCACUCAGACAAUUCAGCUUCACAAACUGAUCUCUCUGUGUUUUGGUAGUAAAUAUUUAUCUUUAGUGUAAAAUCCAUCCUGGAACUUACAGAGAAAAAAAAAAAAUCAAAGAUUAAAAAAUUAACCAUUGUGUCUCCA